GCCAGGCUAGGAGAGCAGCGGUUGCUUCAGCGAAGAGUGCGAGUCUCGCAACCCGGACGCCCGGCAUCGAUUCCUACUCAGACUGAAAGCUGCUGCAUUUUUCAAGCUGCUCGCAGUAUUUUCAAGCUUUGUGCGUCGGAAAACCUCCGUUGUUGCCAUUGACAUGCAGCCGGCCUAUAUCUAUGAAAGAAGAGAAGUCUUCUUUACCGCUCACUUAGUCAUUGCGUAUUACAGUAUUGGAGCAGUGUUUUACCUCGCAACACUUGUGAAUUUCUGUAAUGCGGGCAACACGGCGUCUGUACCCCCUCCACGAGUAGUUAGGGAGAAUUGGACUAACCUUGCCGAAGCAUUGGAAAAGUUCUUGCAGCAAGCGUAUCGUGAUCCCGCCAACCGCAUAGAAAUGUUGACCCUUCUGGAAACAGGUGCCGUAUCGGAAUAUAUGUGCAAAUCUGACUUCAUGGAAGGACCGUAUGCUCCAAACAUGUCUUUCGAUAGAUAUUACGUGGACAAAAAUGAUCGGACAGUAAAACGCGCUACGGUAAACGUUACAUUGAAAUUUGAUGGUAAAAAUAACAUCAGCGAAAUGCACAUUGAAGACAAAGAACAUAGAGUUUGGCAUCGUAUCGAAAAGCUAACAUACAUGGACAAACCAGCACUAUGUGGUGUAUUCAAAGUAAAACCAUAUGCUUCCAAUGAACUCCAUCCAAGUUGCGACAUGCGGAUGUUGAGAACGAGGCGUGACUAUAUUGUGGUAGACAAAGAAUGUCUUGAAGCAUUUGCAGACAUAUGCAACAAGUACGAAAGUCUGCGUGUGCACCCACAAAACGGCACUUGCAUCGAUAUACGAGAGUGCAACUUGACAAAAGCUAUGGAGCACCUAGAAAGAGGUGAAAAGUUGACGUCUAUUUGCGACACACCCUUACCGGAACCAAUUUACGUUGGAUAGUUGUUGCGUCUGCUGAUAUAGAUAAAAUGAAAUAAAUAGUUCUUUUUUCUAAUUUAUGAA